AUGACUGCCCAAGCCCAGUACCCCGAUGCCUCCCUGGCCCUCAAGGACCUCGAAGCCGCCGGCUCCAAGAACCGCCGCGACGGUCUCUCUGCCGAGGAGUUGAUGGACUCAAUCACCCAGGGUGGUCUGACCUACAAUGACUUUUUGAUCCUCCCCGGGUUCAUCGACUUCCAGGCCCAUUCCGUCCAGCUCGAGUCCAAGAUCACCAAGCGCAUCACCCUCAAGACCCCUUUCCUCUCGUCGCCCAUGGACACUGUUACCGAGACCGAGAUGGCUAUCGCUAUGGCUUUGCUCGGAGGAAUCGGUAUCAUCCACAACAACUGCACCCCCGAGCAGCAGGCCGACAUGGUUCGCAAGGUCAAGAAGUUCGAGAACGGCUUCAUCACUGACCCCAUCUGCCUCAACGAGAACCACACCGUCGCCGAUGUCCUCGCCAUCAAGUCCAAGUUCGGCUUCUGCGGCAUCCCCAUCACCGAGAACGGAAAGCUCGGAUCCAAGUUGGUUGGUAUUGUCACUGCCCGCGACAUCCAGUUCGUCAACGACCACUCGACCCCCUUGAAGUCCUGCAUGACCACCGACUUGGUCAUUGCCCAUGAGGGCGUCACUUUGGAGGAGGCCAACAAGAUCCUCUGCGAGUCCAAGAAGGGCAAGCUCCCCGUCGUCAACGCCAACGGUGAGCUCUGCUCCCUCCUCGCCCGCUCGGAUCUCCUCAAGAACCAGAACUACCCCCUUGCCAGCAAGGCCGCCAAGUCCAAGCAGUUGCUCUGCGGUGCUGCUAUUGGUACCCGCCCUGACGACCGCGAACGUCUUGGUCUCCUUGUCGCCGCUGGAUUGGACGUCGUUGUUCUGGACUCUUCCCAGGGCAACUCUUCCUUCCAGAUCGAGUUGGUCCAGUGGAUCAAGGCCACCUACCCCGAUAUCGAUGUCAUUGCCGGAAACGUCGUCGUCUGGGAGCAGGCUGCUCGCUUGAUCGCCGCUGGUGCUGACGGCAUCCGUGUCGGUAUGGGCUCUGGCUCGAUCUGCAUCACCCAGGAGGUUAUGGCCUGCGGUCGUCCUCAGGGAACUGCCGUUUACAAGGUUUCCCAGUUUGCUGCUAAGUACGGUGUUCCCGUCAUCGCCGAUGGCGGUAUUGGAAACAUUGGUCACAUCACCAAGGCCUUGGCUUUGGGUGCCUCUGCUGUCAUGAUGGGCGGUCUCCUCGCCGGUACUACCGAGUCUCCCGGUGAGUACUUCUACUUGGACGGCCAGCGCCUCAAGAAGUACCGUGGUAUGGGAUCCCUCGAUGCCAUGGAGAAGGCCGGCGAUGGUGGAAACGGAUCGACCAAGCGUUACUACUCCGAGUCGGACUCUGUCAAGGUCGCCCAGGGUGUCUCUGGAUCGGUUGUCGACAAGGGCUCGAUCAAGAAGUUUGUCCCUUACCUCUACACUGGUCUCCAGCACUCUCUCCAGGAUAUCGGUGUUGACUCUAUCGAUGCCAUGAAGCAGGGUAUGCGUGAGGGCACCGUCCGCUUCGAGCGCCGUACUGCUGCCGCCCAGGCCGAGGGUGGUGUCCACUCUCUCCACAGCUACUCCAAGCGUCUCUUCUCAUAG